AUGGCCACCGCAGCUGUACCUUCGAGGUUUAUUCAGCCUCCUUCACCCCCUCAGUCGACAAAUGGAGAUCCCGCUUCUGAACCCUGCGGCAUGCUCAACCCAAUGUAUAGCCACCCUCACACUCUUGGAGCUGCUAGCCUGUCAUGUAGCGCCGAAGCUGCAUACAGUGACUUCAAACCCCAAGCGAUCGGUUAUGCGACUUCUCCUCCGCCAUAUUAUAACCUCCACCACGAUUACUCACGAAGUCUACCGAUGCAACACUCGAUGUUAGCUCCAGGCAUUCAGGUCAACACGCCACCCCCUGCUGCAGAUGAUGGGAUUGUCCCGAGCAAUCUUGAAUCGACUCCUCCUCGGUGGCCGUCUCCAUCUACACUGAAGCGCUCUCCAGGAAAGACGAGAGUGGCCAAGACCCCCAGACUUCGACGCAGAGCCAAGAAGGCGAGCAGUCGCGAUGCAAAGCCUUCGCUCCCCGGCCCAUUGAGUGAACUCACCAAGCACAUGACACAUGUUCCCGUCAGGGACAUGGAGAGCUGGGUACAUCGCCCAGUAGAGGCGCGCCAUCAGGAGGUGGCUAAGAAGAAUGGUAAGGUUGCGAGGCCCAUGAACUCCUUCAUGCUCUACCGGUCUGCAUACGCCGAGCGGACCAAGGAGUGGUUUGCACAGAACAAUCACCAGGUCGUCUCAGAGGUGGCAGGCGACAGCUGGAGGAUCGAGCCAGCACAGAUUCGCGAGAUGUACGAGCGUCUUGCGAACAUCGAAAAAUCGAAUCAUCUCAAGGCCCACCCGGGCUAUAAAUUCUCUCCAUCGAAGGAUAAGAAAAAACGAACCGACGCGGAGAAUGAGCAGUUGGCCCUGAAUGGCGCCGGACAUACGUCCGAAUCCAGCCCAGCUUUCCUCCAGGUUCGCGCCAUGAGCUCGUCUGAGCUGGACAGCAGUGGAUGGGAAAGCCGUGACUCGACACCCUUCGACUUUCCCGAGCACGGACUGCCCACAACGACAUACUACAGUUCAUCCUGGCACACCAGCCAUCCCAGCAAAGACAUGCUAUCUCCCCCCAAAUCGACUGCCUAUCUCCAACAACCACUUCAUCACGGCCUCAUGGGUGCUCAUGUAGAGGACGCCCGGUUCAGGAAUGUUGGAUUGGAGGAAUUGCAACUUACUUCAUCGACCGCGCUGGCUGGGCUGCCUGGCGCAGCCCACCAUGACCUACUCCAGCCUCAAACGACUCUUCCUCCUUCGACGAUUGGACACAACGGCCAAGUGGAUCCCCAGUUGCUGUCCUUCCAAAGUGACUCCAGCUCGAAUCCAGCAUACAACCACUCCCAUUAUGCGGUCUGGCAAGAAAUUCCCACAAACAACUGCUAUCUCCCUGUUACCUCUCCGCUGGCCAUUUCGUUUCCGAAUGGAACCACCUACCAUCAUGGCCUGGGAGACGGUCGUGAGGUGUGGGGUCCCACGAGUCAUGAGGCUGGUCUUGACGGAUCUGGCGGCGAAUUCGAACAUUGGCUCAACCCUCACGCAUCGGGAUAUUCAGCAUAG